AUGCUUCUUCUGACUCCAGUCUUGGUAGCCAUCGUCUGCAUUUUGACGGUGUGGAUCUUUAAAAAUGCUGAUGGGAGCAGUGACAGAAAGAAGGGGGAGCAUAGGGCUGAGGCUCAUCCCUGGGCAGAUAAAGACUUGAAAGACAGCACCGAUGUCCACCAGGAGGAAGCAGAGGCUGAUGAAUGGCAAGAGUCAGAGGAAGAGGUGGAACACAUCCCGUUCUCCCACAGCCGAUACCCAGAGAAGGAAAUGGUUAAGAGAUCCCAGGAGUUUUAUGAACUUCUCAAUAAGAGACGGUCUGUUAGAUUCAUAAGUAACGAGCAAGUCCCAAUGGAGGUCAUUGACAAUGUCAUCAAAGCAGCAGGAACAGCCCCAAGUGGGGCCCACACAGAGCCCUGGACAUUUGUGGUUGUGAAGGACCCAGACGUGAAGCAUAAGAUUCGGGAGAUCAUUGAGGAGGAAGAGGAAAUAAACUACCUGAAGAGGAUGGGACCUCGAUGGGUCACAGACCUGAAGAAAUUCAGGACCAAUUGGAUUAAAGAGUACUUGGACACUGCCCCUGUUUUGAUUCUCAUUUUCAAGCAAGUCCACGGAUUUGCUGCAAAUGGCAAGAAAAAGAUUCACUACUACAAUGAGAUCAGUGUUUCCAUCGCUUGUGGCAUCCUCCUAGCUGCCCUACAGAACGCUGGACUGGUGACGGUCACCACCACGCCUCUCAACUGUGGCCCCCGUCUGAGAGUGCUUCUGAGCCGCCCCACCAAUGAAAAGCUCCUGAUGCUGCUCCCUGUGGGGUACCCCAGAGAAGAUGCCACGGUGCCCAACCUCGCACGGAAAACUCUGGAUCAGAUCAUGGUGACUGUGUAG